UCACUGGAUCAAUCCGCACUUUAUUUCGGAAUUAGCAGUUUCAACUUAAGGAAAUGCUUAAUACCCAGUUUUUCGUUCUGACUGUCUUCAUCGUGAAUGCUUUGCAACAACAAUAUCUACCCCUGGAGCGCAUAAACGUGAAAAUUGGACAAAUCAAGAGCAUCUCCAAAUCUUCUCUGCUCGUUUCAUGGACACUGAAUGCACCCGAAUCUCUCUUCUCAAAUAUUGUUGGUUUUGAGUUGCAAUAUGACGACAAACCAUUCUUCGACAACUCCAGUGUGAGAGAGGCCCUCUAUGACUCAUCUACUCGAUCCAGGGUAGUCUCUAACUUGGUUGGGGACACUGUGUACGUGUUCCGAGUGAGACCCAUUCUUUCGGUACCUGGAAAUGGAGCCACGUGGAGUAAUGUGGUUGCUGCCGAAACAAAAGGACCCGACGCCAAGCUGGCUCUUGUGAUGACGUUCGGAAUGGAAGUUCAAGCCAUGAAGCAGGAACUGCUCAUAAAUCUGAUCGUCGAAGUGGUCAAAUCAGCCCUGGAACCGGAUCUGAGAGUCCAGUCGGUCCAAGUGCAAGACAUCAAAAAUGUCCUGGCCAGUUCCAUUCCCUCUCUUGACUCUCCUCCAGUAGUCAAAGCGUACAUUGAAGUCAUCUACAAAUCAGGGAUCAAUUUCACAUUCCACAACCGUCAUUGA